AUCUGCAGUGCCAACAUGGCCACGAUUCCCUGUGCGAAGCAUAGUUUUCAUUCAUCAAAAUAUAUUUCUGCAGUUGCCCCAGGUGAUAGAGCAUUACACGCAGGUGACUUUGAUAAAGCAGAACGGAUAUUUGCACAGGCCUUGAAGGCAGCAAUCCGUCAUAAUAAUGUUUGUUUGCAAGGCCUCUGUCUGCAAAGUAUGGGGGAUGUCUACCUGCGAAGGGCAGUCAAACGGGCCCCAAACAGAAGACGUCACUUCACCAAGGCAGCAGCGCUGUACAACGCAGCACUGACCUGGGCACCAGGAGAUGACCACUGGAGAGAUGUCAUGGUUCACAGAAUCAAGUAUGUCGAGAAAUGUUUCCUUUCUUGGGUGCGGGGCCAACGGUGUCAGGUUUCACUUCCUUAUAGUAAUGACCUUCGCCAUAGAGCUCGGCUCAAAAAGAUUCGAGACGAGUGCAAAGUGCUGUUGGGUUGUGCUGAGAAGAUUUGUGAUUUCGAAGGUGACCCCAUGGAAUCCAGUGAGGUCAAAGACAAAGAAGCAAACUGGGUGGCAGCCGUGCGCUCUUUGUUCCAUGCCACAGCAGGAAGAAUGAAAGACUUUGUAAGGGAACUGUUAGCAGAAUGCAGGGAGACCUUGGGGCAGCCACCCUGUAAGUACGCCAUCAUAGGCUUGGGGUCCAUGGCUAGGGAAGAAAUGACACCGUAUUCUGAUUUCGAAUUUGCAAUACUGCUUGAAGAAGACAAAGCAACAGAGCAGCAUAAAAUGUAUUUCCGUAACCUAACAUCACUGCUUCAUCUGAAAGUGAUCAAUCUCGGUGAAACAAUCCUCCCUUCAAUGGCAAUCAGGUCACUGAACAACUACUACUCAAGCGAGGUAGAAGAUAACUGGCUCUAUGACUGGAAAACGCCCAGAGGGUUUGCUUUCGACGGGGCCAUGCCUUCUGCAAGCAAAACGCCUUUGGGAAGAGAGACGGUCGACGGAAAGGCUUCUGUAGAACUCAUCAUGACUCCGUCAGAGAUGGCCUCUAUUCAAGAGAAGCAAGCCUUGGCUGAUGAGGAUGACCACUUGUCUGAUAUCCUCUCCACUGUCACGUGGGUAGACGGAGACAAGAGCCUGGUGGACAAAUAUCAAGAAAGAAUUCACGUCACUACAUCAAACUCGGCUGCGAUUCAUAAGGCAUUGUCUGCCCUCUUUGAAGAUGCUAAGAAGUAUCAAGAGGACAUAAUUUCUCUCUCAAGGCCUGGCUUCCAAUACGAUGUGAAGAAAGAGAUUUACCGCUUCCCAACUUUGACAAUCAACAAUCUCGGACUCUGCUUCGUAUCGAAGAGAAACACUCCCUGGGAUGUCAUUGACGCGCUGAGAGACAAUGAGUGUGUCUCAGAGACGGGGGCACACAACUUGAGAGUAGCAAUCAGCGUAGCCACCUUCUUACGGCUGCAGACAUAUCUGGCACAUGGUAGGCAAAAGGAAGGAAUAACUACCCUCCUCAUUCUACAACAAAGUGAGCGGAAAAGCGAAGAGAAAGACCUCCCGCAGAAACUGCCAAUUUCUUCUCUAUUGAUGCGUUUCUACCAGACCAACAUACCUUUGCAGAUGUAUCUUUUUGUAUUAGCAGCCUUGACCUCGAGCAUUCCUUCUAUUAUUGGAGAAAUACAAUCAAAGCUUAUCCAACAGUUUCUUUUAGAACAUCAAAGUUCGGUGGAAAGAACUACACACGAGGGAUCAAUGACGGUCUGUCCACCUUUACUGUUAGAAAAUGUGGUGUCACUUCUAAAAAAUAUUGAACCUCCAUAUAAGCCAUCAGCAUUUUCACAAAUACAGCCAGGUCUUGAUUCAGCCAACGGUAAUGGGGACCAAACUUCAGAAUGACCACAAUUAAACUUGCACAGUGAGGAAGCAUUUUGUCCUACAAGUCAGGCCGAAGAAGUGGAGACGCUAUUAUUACACGGACAGCACAUUUUGAGGCUGUUAACACUAUUCCAGCACGGGCUUCCUGGAGACGUCUGUGAACUUCAGGGUAAAGAACAGGACUUCUACUGUAACAGUGACUUGCUGAGGGGACUGAUUCA